GUCACCUAAACCGCAAUUUUAUGCCGUUGUUUGGUAUGGUUAUAAUCAGAGUUUUCUUAAAGCUUAGCUUAUAUAGCAAAUAGAAAUAAUCAUUGUGACCCACCGCGUAUGUAAAGUAACUCGCCACGUUAAAUGGCUACAUAGUAAUAUUAUAUAUCGCAAGAUGUCGGAGCCGAACUCUACGGUCGAUUCUCCACCAACAAACGAUAAACAAGACACAAAUCAGAAGGAUAAACCGAAACUAAAGAUUCUGACUUUCCACGGUUAUCGUCAGAACGGUGAGGUGUUCAGGGGGAAAUUAGGUUCUUUUAGAAAGACGCUAUCAAAGUACGCGCAGUUGGUUUUUUUCUCUGCUCCCCAUAAAGUUGUAAACGAAGAGGAUGGGGAUGAAGAUCGCAGAUCAUGGUGGUUUAAUGCUGAAGAUAAUUCAUUCAGUGGCAAAUGUUUAGGUGGGCCGGCAAUCGGAUUUGAGGAUACAUUACAUUUGAUAGAGAGCAUAGUGUCAGAAUAUGGACCCUUUGAUGGUUUCAUGGGUUUUUCACAAGGAGCUUGUCUGGUGGGCUUACUAGCUGCAAUGCAACAGAAAGGAUAUCUACCUUAUUCAUUUGAUUUUGCAAUAUUUGUAUCUGGAUUCAGAUCAGGAAGUUUAGUGCAUAAAGGCUUUUAUGAUGAAGACAUUAAUUUACCAUCACUACAUGUAUAUGGAGAGAGUGAUUCUAUUAUACCCAAAGAAAUGAGUGAAUCUUUGAUUAAUUUAUUUAAUAAACCAAUUGUGGCAGAACAUUCCGGUGGUCACUAUGUUCCAUGUUCUGGUCCACUUAAGGACAUUUACCUUGAUUUUAUACACGAAAGACAUCGAGAUACGAAAGAUGAAGAGAAAAAUGGAGAUGAUAAAAUUGAUUUUUCAUAAUAGCAGAAAGUUAUUUUAGUGAAUCAUCUUCCAAAGUGUUGGAUACUUAAGUUAAAAUAUACAAUAUUAAAUAAUUGUAAAAUUA